AUGGGCUUUGGCGAUGUGCUGGACGACAGCACCUUUUUGCAAUGUGCAAAAUUGUACGGAUUUACAUUAGAGGACAAGUCAGCAACGCAUAUCACUAUCGGACUACCCGACACUUCCAAAGAGAAGUUUCUCGUUCUCCAAACUCUCCCCUUCCAUUCUGAACGGAAACGUAUGUCUGUUCUGCUAGAUACUCCGGCGGGACCUCUGUUGUACUGUAAAGGAGCUGAUUCAGCGAUUUUUUCGAGAUUGCGUCGUCCUACCGAGGCCGAAUCAAUUCACUGCACUACUUUGAAAGAGCGUUUGGAUGAGUAUUCUUGCAAAGGACUUCGCACGUUGGCGUUUGCAAUGAGACUACUGAAACAGGAAGAAUGUAACGAGUUCCUGGAAAGCUACCGAUUCGUGAUGAGUGUUUCAUCGAAUGACCGUGACCAGCUACUUUCCCAAAAAGCAGAUGAGAUUGAAAAAGAGCUCGAACUUCUGGGAGUGACGGGCAUUGAGGAUCGAUUACAGGAAGGAGUGGAAGAGACUAUCGUUGCCAUGCGUGGAGCUGGAUUACAGGUUUGGGUGCUAACUGGUGAUAAACUGGAAACAGCUGAGAAUAUAGCACGCUCAUGUGGUUUGUUUUCACCUCACAGGGAAACGAGAAAGAUCGAAACGCAAGAAGAUUUGCCUCAUAUACGAGGUGAAGGGUUCAAUUUGAUUCUUUCCCCUCAGGCUACUUUACUGGCGAAAUUGGGUGAUGAACAAUUACUGUCUGUUUUGAGAAGAGCUAAAGCUGUACUAUGCUAUCGCAUGACACCAUCGGAGAAGGCAGAAAUUGUGAAGUGUGUCAAAAUGCAUUUGAAAGGCAGAGUGCUGGCAGUAGGCGAUGGCGCCAACGAUGUUCCAAUGAUACAAUCUGCUCAUGUAGGGAUAGGAUUAGCUGGAAAAGAAGGGAUGCAGGCCGCGAUGGCAUGUGACUUUGCGAUUUCACGCUUUCGUUUCCUGCGACGACUGUUGUUAGUGCAUGGACAUUGGUGUUAUGACCGUCUCGCGCUGAUGUUUUUGUACUUUCUCUACAAAAAUACGAAUAAUGUUUUUGUGCUCUUUUUCUUCCAAUUUUAUGACGGAUGGACGGCAGCGUUCACAACGGACCCGACGUACACUAUUUUAUAUCCGAUUAUUUUUUCGAGUCUUCAACCCAUAGUAGUGGGCGUGGUCGAUCAAGACCGAUCAGCUUCUGAGCUGCUGGAACACCCCCAUUUAUAUUCGUCAGGUCGCAAAGGGACAAAAUAUACCUAUAGUCUUUUUGCUGUCAAUGUCAUAGAUGGAAUAUGGCAAGCAGCUAUUGUUUAUUUCGUGACUUAUUUGACGUUUGCCGGACAAGAAUGCGAAUUAUGGAUGUUUGGAUUUUACAUAUCUACUGGAACGAUGCUCACCAAUGCAGUGCAUCUGUCGAUUGAAGUGAGAUCUUGGACUGCCCCCAUUGUGGUGAUCUUCAUAUUUUUCGUUGGACUUCACUUUUCCUUCUUUAUUCUGUACAGUUUCGUGGUGCAACCACAAUGGAUCUACGACGCACCAGUACUUGUUUCUUUUGAAGCUAUGAUGACAACUGAUUUUUGGUUGGCUAUGCUCAUCACAACGGUAGUGGCGGUAUUUCCGAGGUUUGCCACCAGAUGCUUAUGGAAUACUUUGUUUACUGAAGAAAGCGAUAGAAAGACGAAUUAA